CAUUGUUGAUCAUCUCUUUUAAUAUCUUUUCAAUGGUUAAAGAGGAUUAUUUUAUUUUAUGUUGUUUUGAAUAAGCGUCGUGUUAUUUUGACGAUUUUACAAGAAUGGCUUCCACACUUAUUGCAGCAGGCGUUGGCCUUGCUGUAGUAGGUUUUACUGGGCGUUAUAUACUUAAAAGAAUGCCACAUUUAUCUCAAAGAAUGGCAGAAGCUUAUAAAAAUGUACCAAAACUAAAUUCACAGACAUUAGCAAAUAGUAAAUAUUAUAAAGGAGGUUUUGAAUCUAAAAUGACUAGACGAGAAGCUAGUUUAAUAUUGGAUGUAUCACCAACUGCAAGUAAAGUGAAAGUGAAACAACAAUUUAAAAAAAUUAUGGCUGUAAAUCAUCCAGAUAAAGGUGGAUCUCCAUAUGUUGCUGCAAAAAUUAAUGAAGCAAAAGAUUUAUUAGAAAAAUGAUUUAUAUAUAGCUAAAUGUAUAAGUAUAAAUAAUGUAUAUGAAAUUUGUUUACUAAUAGUUUUGUAAAUCUAAUUCCCACAAGUAAAUCUCUAUGUAAAUAUUUAAUAAGAUAAUGAUUCUAUAUUUUA